AAGAAUGGAUGAUGAUGUUGAUGAUGGUGGUGAUGAUACAUGAUGAUAUGACAUACAUUGUGUUCAUCCUCGCAAGUCGCAUCCGCCCAAGGAAAAGCUCUCUCUCUCUAUCGCUCUCUCCGAGCACUCUUCUCUUCCGCUCUUUCCCAGUUUGUUUAAACCUUCCACGUCUAGGGUUUCCUUUUUACUUCAUUAAACCCUUACCAUCUAAAGCCCUCAAUCUAAUCGACAAAACCCUAAGUUAAACUCCUUACUUUAUACAACAAUCUCGCCUCAUUUGGCUCACAUUUUCCCUAAAAUCAGCUUAUUGGUCUCUGUCUCUGUCUGCCUUUCUGAAAUCGCAAAACUUCGAGCUGCACAACAUUCAUGGCCAAGACCAAACCUGGAAAAAAGGACCUGGACUCAUACACCAUCAAGGGCACCACCAAAGUCGUUCGAAUUCAUGUUUCUCUGCUAUGCGUGGCAUUGAUUUUCGAUUGAAUUUGUGCUUGCCAUAGCUGGUGAUUGUGUGUUAAUGCGACCAUCGGACUCCGAUAAGCCUCCAUAUGUGGCACGCGUGGAGAAGAUCGAAGCGGACCACCGCAACAACGUGAAGGUUCGGGUUCGAUGGUAUUAUCGACCUGAGGAGUCCAUCGGAGGGCGAAGACAGUUCCAUGGAGCCAAGGAGCUGUUUCUAUCAGACCACUAUGAUGUGCAGAGUGCACACACUAUAGAAGGGAAGUGUACGGUGCACUCCUUCAAGAACUACACUAAGCUUGAGAAUGUGGGAGCCGAGGAUUACUUCUGUAGGUUUGAGUACAAGGCUUCCACUGGAGGGUUCACCCCAGACCGCGUGGCUGUGUAUUGUAAAUGUGAGAUGCCAUACAAUCCGGAUGACCUUAUGGUGCAGUGUGAGGGAUGCAAGGACUGGUUUCAUCCCUCUUGUAUGGGUAUGACCAUUGAAGAUGCAAAAAAGUUGGAGCACUUUUUGUGUUCUGACUGCUCAUCUGAUGAUGAUGCCAAAAGAUCCUUGAAUACAUUCCCAGUAUCACCAUCUGUUGAGGCUAAGGUGGAGCCAAAGCGCAGGAAGAGAUGACCUAUUGAUUGUGAUGCUUAGCGAGGAGGUAUCCAACUUCUUUGGCAUUAGCUCCAGUGUUGUGUGUUGUGGAAAUGUACAGUGCAGAGAAGAUACUGUGCUUGCACAAUCCAAAGGAUUUUUUUAGUUUUAUCAAUGUUUGUAUGUGUGCUAGACCUAGGCAAUGACUUUGAGAUCUGUGUUGUCCUUGCAAGACAUUAAAAUCAUAUUUAAGCACAGAACACAUGAGAACACACCAAAUCAAAGAUGUAGGAGGAACCUUGGAUUUGUUGUGAUGUGUUUAUUGCUGGCAUUACUUAGUAUGCAUGCAAUGGCAACUGAUUUAGUUUUUUUUA